AUUCUCGAAUUGGAUUAGUUCAUUUUGGGUUUCUUCUGGUGACAAGAUUGAUAAAGAAGAUUCAGAAAUCGAUCCAGGAUUAUUUGAUAAUCAUGAACAAGAAUUUGUUAAUAAUAAUAAAGAUAAUUCAAUUUGGUUAUUAGGAAAAUGUUAUGAAAAUAAUGAAGAAAAUGAAUCUUUUUAUGAAGUAGCAAAUUAUUAUUCAACACCGGGAACCUUUCCUCACCUUUCGAUGCAACCACAAACCACGAUAUCAUUUUCUCAUUGUAAUUCAGAAUUUUAUAAAGAUUUUACAUCCAAAAUAUGGUGUACAUAUCGACAUAAUUAUCCAGCGAUUAAAUCAACAAAUUUUACACAUGAUGGAGGAUGGGGAUGUAUGUUGAGAUCAGGACAAUCAUUACUUGCCAAUUCAUUAAUAUUACAUUUCUUGGAUGAUAUGUCUUCACGAUGUCCAUUUUCUGUUCAUCGUAUGGCAAUCAUUGGUUGUCAAUUAGGAAAGAGUAUUGGUGAAUGGUUUGGUCCAUUCACUGCAUCCCAGGCCAUUAAAGCUCUAGUGGAAGACUUUCCAGGAGCUCAAUUAAGUGCAUAUAUAACAAAAGAUGGUGUAGUUUACAAAAAUGAUGUCUACAAAACAGCAAAAAAUAAUAAACAGAACAAAGAUUUCCAAUCAAUCUUAAUUUUGGUGGCCAUUCGAUUAGGAAUAAAUAAUUUAAACCCAAUAUAUUAUGAUGCUCUCAGGGCAUAUUUCAGAUUUCCUCAGAGCGUAGGGAUAGCGGGGGGAAAACCUUCAUCAUCUUAUUAUUUUAUCGGAACACAAGCCGAUGGAUUAUUCUAUCUUGAUCCACAUCAUUCACGUCCUGCCAUAGAAUUGAAAUCUAAUGAUCAACUUACCGAAGAAGAACUAUUAACUUAUCAUUGUGAUGUACCACGCAAGAUAUCUAUUUCACAAUUGGAUCCAUCCAUGUUACUUGGAUUUUAUUGUAAGACAAAGGAUGAUUUUGAAGAUUUUUGUAGUCGAGUAGAAAAGAUCAGCCAACCAGUAUUCACUAUUGCACAAGAAGCACCUGAUUACAGUGAUGAUGAUUGCGGUGUAUUUUCCGAAGAUGAUGAUGAAUUUGAUAAAAGCAAUGAUAAAAGCGAUGAUGAUAAAAGCGAUGAUGAUAGCGAUGCUGAUAAUAAUUUCACAGAACAAGUAAUUGAAUUGGACAAUGUCAUCGAUUGA